AUGAUGAAGUUCAAGCCCAACCAGACGCGGACCUACGACCGCGAGGGGUUCAAGAAGCGGGCGGCGUGCCUGUGCUUCCGCAGCGAGCAGGAGGACGAGGUGUUGCUGGUGAGUAGCAGUCGGUACCCAGACCAGUGGAUCGUGCCAGGAGGAGGAAUGGAGCCUGAGGAGGAGCCCGGCGGCGCAGCUGUGAGGGAAGUGUAUGAGGAGGCAGGAGUCAGAGGAAAAUUGGGCAGGCUCCUAGGAAUAUUUGAGCAGAACCAAGACCGAAAGCACAGAACAUAUGUUUAUGUUCUUACAGUCACUGAAAUAUUAGAAGAUUGGGAAGAUUCUGUUAAUAUAGGAAGGAAGAGAGAGUGGUUCAAAGUAGAAGAUGCAAUCAAAGUUCUCCAAUGUCACAAGCCCGUACACGCAGAGUAUCUGGAAAAAUUAAAGCUGAGUUGUUCCCCAACCAACGGGAACUCCACAGUCCCCUCCCUUCCAGAUAACAAUGCCUUGUUUGUGACCACCACACAGAGCCCUGGGCUGCCAUCCAGUGUGAGAUAGGCAGAGGCCAGGACCUCCCAGCACACCACCGUAUCCGCCUCAGGGAGAGGCUUCCGCACUGUCCUUGGCAGACAUCUGAAUGAUGCCCGCAAACUGUCUGAAUUUGCCAUGCAGGGAUUUCAAACAAUUUGCAUGUUUUUCAGAUGCUUUCAAAUCUUAAAAAAAAAAA